CCCGUCCGCCGCCCGAACCCCGGAGGAGAGCGCUCAUCAAUAUGGCCGAGUUGGACGUCGACCCCAAGCUGUCGCUUCUGAGCCUGGAGGAUGAGCUGACCUGCAGCAUCUGCCUCUGUCCCUUCUCCUACCCCGUCACCAUUCCCUGUGGGCACAACUUCUGCCAGCACUGCAUCCUGGCCACCUGGAAAAGCGACUACAUCUGCCCCCAGUGCCGCACCCAGUUCGACACCAAACCGGCGCUGAAGAAGAACACGGUCCUCAGCACCGUGGUGGAGGCGUUCACAAUGCGAUCUGCCAAGACCGAGGUGCCCCCGCUGCCCGCCGCGGAGGUCCAAGGUGAGACGGAGAGCGAGGUGUUGUGUGACACGUGCAUGGUCAAAGCGUCCAAGACCUGCCUCACCUGUGUGGCGUCCUUCUGCGAGGAUCACCUGAAGCCUCACCUGGACAACCCCAACCUCCGAAUCCACCAGCUGACCGAGCCGCUCAGAGACCUGCUGGAGCACCUCUGCCCCAGCCACCACAAGCUGAUGGAGUUCUACUGUGUUCAACACGCCCACAGCAUCUGCAGCCUGUGCCUGCAGCACGUGCACAGAGGGUGCACCUUCUCCACCCCCGAUGAGCAAAAGGGCUUGAAAGAGUCUGACUUUAAAAACAAGUUGCACUUGUUGGAUGGAAAGAUUGAGAAGAAUCAGGCGAUUAUAUCUCAAAUAGAAGACCUGCAGACCAAACUGAAGGAUACUGCGGAGAAGAAGAAGAGAGCAUUUGCGGCUGAGUAUCGGCAGAUGCGGGAGAUACUGGACCGUAACGAGCACGAGGUAAUGUGCACGGUGGACCGCGAGCAAGAGAGCUGUCAAACCAAACUCAAGGGGCUCUUGACCAAGUUCAUCCAGAAUGUGGAAACGAUGAGCAGUGCCAAGGAUUGCAUCAACAACCUGCUGGAGCAGUCCCAUUCACUUGCCUUCCUACAGGCUUCCGUUGACCUGCCCUCAGUUGUAAAUUUUGAGCCCCACACCCCCCGAUGCAGCUUGGACACUAAGACGCUGAGCGCAGCUCAGGACUUUGCUGCUGCUCUGAAGCACUAUCUGACUGAGCUCUUCAAGCAGAGUGUUGAGGCUCGGCUGCAAAUGCUCCAACCAAGUGAAAGACCAGGUCCAGCGCCUCUUCUUGGGUUUGGUGUCUUUCCACCUAGGAGACCUUUUCCUGAAAUGCCGUAUGCACAAGUGCCGAAUCCUUUCAAACCAGUUCUACACCUCAGGUCUCCCAGUCCAGGGGCUCCAAUCAAGAUGGCCCAAAAGAAGAAACCUCAAAAAAAGAACCGUGAGAACGAUGGGAAAACUCCGUUGACGGACCAGAGACCUCAAAAGCAAACGGCAAAGCCUCCCCAGCCUCCGAAAGAGAAUAAGAAAAGCAUGAGAGAAACCCAGUCAAUGGACAACCUGCUGGAUAUCAGUAAGGAGGACAAAGCCAUGGGCCAACCUCCCCUUGAGCCCACACAGACACCUGAAACCCCUGACGUCCCACCAAGCAUUACCUCAGCCGAGAAAAGACACAACCUGCUGAAGUACGGCGCCGCGCUCACGCUGGACCCGAAGACGGCCCACAAACGCGUCAAGCUGAGCGAGAAGCUGACGAAGGCCUCCGUGUCGGACGAGACCAUGGACUACCCGGACAACCCCGCCCGCUUCUCCGCCUGCUCCCAGGUACUCGCCUCUAAAGGCUUCGCCAAAGGCUGCCACUACUGGGAGGUCAAAAUGAACAACAACAACUUCAUGGGGAUCGGUUUCGCUUACAACAGCAUCGACCGGAAGGGCCCGGCCAGCCGUCUGGGUCGCAACGCCCAGUCCUGGUGUGUGGAGUGGUUUAACGUCAUGCUGUCGGCCUGGCACGCCGGCAGCGAGACGGUGCUGGCCAACCCCGGCCCCAAGCGCGUGGGCGUGCUGUUGAAUUGCGACGAGGGGACGGCUACCUUCUACAACGUGGCAGAUAGGGCCUACCCCUUCCACACCUUCGUGUUCCCGUUCGCUGAAACUGUGUACCCCGCCUUCUGGAUCUUCUCCUCUGGCUCGUCCGUUACUUUAUGCAGCCCGCAGGGGUGACGGGGCAUCGGGUGUGCACGAGCACGA